AUGGUUCCAGUAAAAUCACGUGGAACUACAUUCAGCAACUGCAGCUAUGCUAGCUUCAUGGACACCCUUGCUACAAAAAAUUGUAUGUACAUUUCAUCAAAUACAGGGGACGUCUUCACACUUACAUGGUGUGGGAACAGUGUGGUUGAAGAAGGAGAAGAGUGUGACUGUGGCGCUUUUCAUUUGUGUAUGAAAGAUCCGUGCUGUGAGUCAGACUGCACUCUCAGCCCUGGGGCUACUUGUGCUUCUGGGCGUUGUUGCAAACGCUGCCAGAUCGUUCGAAGAGGAAAAGUUUGUAGAAAAAAGGAAAAUGAGUGUGAUCUCCCAGAGUGGUGCAAUGGGACUUCCUACCAUUGUCCAGAGGAUGUGUACUUGCAGAAUGGGAUGCCAUGCAAGGACGAUGGCUACUGCUAUGAAAAGAGAUGCAAUGACCGUGAAGAGCAGUGUAGGAACAUUUUUGGCAAAGAGGCCAAGAGUGCAAGUCAGCGUUGCUACACAGAAAUAAACACCCGCGGUGACCGUUUUGGGAACUGUGGACUAAUGAACUCUACAUACGUAAAAUGUGACAUCUCAGAUACCUUGUGCGGGAGGGUUCAGUGUGAUAAUGUGACAAAACUUCCCCUUCUGAGAGAUCAUUCUACUGUGCAUUGGACUCAGUUCAAUGGCGCCACCUGCUGGGGUACCGACUAUCACUUCGGGAUGACAGAACCUGACAUUGGUGAUGUGAGAGAUGGGACAGAGUGUGGGGCAGAACAUGUCUGCAUCCAAAGGAAGUGUGGUUCUCUAUGUAUAGUAUCA